AUGAAAGCUCAUACUGAUAUAGAACCAGAAACUCCUCAAGAACAAACAGCUGACUUAGAGGAAGAAACACAAAAAGAUAACAUGGCUAUUAAUGAAGAAGCUUUACCUUCUGAAGAAGGAGACUUAGAGAAUCUUACAGAAAAUAUGUUUGCAGAAGAAACCAAUACAGAUUUGUGA